CAUUACAUUAUCCUACUCAGACGCCCCUAUGCCGCUCGGCCGCGCAUGGAGAGCGCCGGCGAGAUGGAGGUGUUCGACGCCGGCCGGUGCAACGGCGGGUACGAUCUGGGCUUCGCCGUGGGGCAGAGGUUUAGCGAGAUGAUCAGGAGCAGGAUGCGCGGGGACAUGUUCCUGCAGGAGCAGCUGCUGCCGUUCGCGUCCACGGCGCCGGCGCAGCCGCUCCUGGCCGCGCUCCAGGCCGCCAACAGGGAGCGGUACCCUCGCUACUGGGACGAGCUGGUUGGCAUCGCCGACGGCAGCGGGGCCCCUCUGCUACAAGUGAUUCUGGUCAACUUCAGGAAGGAGAUCCGGCCGUUCAUCCCGAAGAAGGGUCAAGAUCACGGCCGGAAGGACGAGGAAGCCGACGAUGACUGCUCCGACGUGCUGCUCGUCAGCGAGUCGGCGGCCUUCGCGGCGCACAACGAGGACGCCAGCCCCGCGCUGCUCGGCCACACCUACGUGGUGAAGGCCACGUCGCCCGACGGCGCCUCGUCCUUCACCGCCUACACCUACGCCGGCGAGCUCCCCACCUGCGCCUUCGGCUUCAACACCAACCGAGUAGCCUUCACACUCGACUCGGUGCCGCCGGCGAUUGGCGAGGUGGCCGCGGGAGCCAUCGCCCUGAACUUCGUGUCGCGGGACCUGCUGGAAGCAACAGACCUCGACGACGCGAUGCGGAGGGUGUGCUCGCCGGGGGUGUCAGUUGGGCACUGCUACAACCUGAUGGACGUCAGAGCCCGGCGCAUCGUGACCGUCGAGACCGCCUCCCGGAACCGGUUCGCCGUCCAUGAGGCCGGCCCUGCGCCCUCCUUCCAUGCCAACAUGUACCGCUACCUCCAGGUGGAACAGGUGCAGGACGAGAACUCCAUGGCCAGGGAGAGGAGGGCGGCGCAGUGCGCCAUGGGCUCCAAGGAAGAGGCGCUCUCGGUGCUCGGAGAUGCGACUGAUGAGAAGUACCCCAUCUUUAUGACAGGUCCAACAUUGUACACUCUAUGCACCGUCUUGGUUGAUCUCGACCAGGAGACGAUGACCAUAUGCAAGGGGAAUCCGAAGAACGGAGACUCCAUUCGAGUACUUCGGAUGACUCAAACUGCUAAUUAACCACAUUAGCUUAGUGCUUGGGGGGUGACAGUACUUGACCAGUACGCAGUUCCUAUUUUUUGAUUUGGGUUUACGUGUUGUAGGGUGUCAUAAAAUUGAACAUAACCAUUAUGUUCUUCUAAGGAGUUACUCAUGUGCUUGUUGUGUUGUCGUAGAUUGUCAGAAAAAGGUACACGUACAAACACUGAUCUGCAACGCUUUCAGCUAGCUUCUCUUCCUUAGCACCAACUAUUGUGCUGUAUGAAUCCUGUCUACGGCUACAAUUUGUUAUCUCAUGCACUGUAGGAAGACAAAAGGCUACAAUACAGUACUGCGCAGGGUUGAAACA